AUGUCAGAGAUUAAAUCGAAGCAUCAAAAUGAUGAACUCAAUGAUUCCGAAAAAUUCAGAAAAACCUUAUUCACAACAAACGGUUCUCGACCACAGGAUGCUGGUAAUGCUGAAAGUCGAAGUCACGAUAUCAGUUUAUCCCAAGAAUCUGAAUAUAAUCGUUCGUUGUAUGAGCAGGGUAAAGCUCACUAUUUGGGCAGUAGAACGCCGGACAUGCCACGACGUUCAUUCACUCUCGCAUCAACACACAAUCAGUACCUAAGUGAUACAGAAGCAGUACAACAACCGCAGUGGAGGAUACGUUCACCGAUGGAACGGUCAUCCAGUGCUGUAGGCAUUGACGGGUUUGUUAGUAUGAGACGUCGGAAAGCAGAUGAUAAUGUUAUCAGGGUGGAUCCUAAACCGCUACCACCAAUACCUUAUCCAAAAAAUUGCUCACUUUUAUCAGAACGAUUAAGACGUGAUCGAAGUUCACCACCCCAUUUGUCAUUCAAUUUUUCAGCAACCGAAAAAUAUUCAAUCCUACGGAAUUUGGGUGAUGUAAAAGCAACCACGAAGACAUCCAUGAAAAACACUUCAAAUGGGGGUAUCGAAAAUGAUUCUGUGCAGUUAACGAAUGGAAAUGCACCGGCGGUUGGUUCAAAUGAUUCCAAUAACGGUGUCAGUGGCAACGGACUUUGCUUUCAGUGCUGUAACCUUCAAAAACAGCUGUCUGAUUUAUCGUGCAGAUUAAAAGAAGCGACGGAUGAAAUGAAAAGUAAAGAAGUUAGAGAUCUAAGAAGGAAGAAAGAGGCGACAGUUGCUAUUGAUAAAAGUGUUGGAGGCUCAUGUGAAAUGCUUGAUGAUUCAACUAUUGAAACGAUGCAAGUGGAGAAAAAGGAUGCUGCCAAUGAUGCAUUGAUUAUCAAAGUUGAAGAUAAGAGGACAAGUGUAUCAUUAGCGGAUCAAAUUGAAAUGCAUUGGUAUAAAGAUACAGCCACUUCAGCCAUUCCAGAACCACAGCUUUACUCUAUUACAGUUACAACUGACAAAUUGUUGGCUUCUUCUUCUCCUCGAGAUACCGUAAUAGAUUCAUUAAGUGAGGAACUACUGACUAUUAGACGAAGAUGUCAUUUUGAAUGUGAUACUGGACCAGUAUUCACUAAUAGUUUGUAA